UGGCAGCCCACAUCAAUACCAGGGUUCCCACGGAAUGGCUUCAUCGAUCAUGGAUUCGUCCAGCCAGUCACUUCCACCAGAGAACGGGGUCCCGGAGAUCCCGAUCAUCGAUGACCAGGAACCGCUUAUCGAUGUGGUCCGGAAAUUGUACAAUUUUCUCAUAUUAGCUAUAUGCGAUGUGUCGUAUACGUUCGACCAGAUGAGGUCCACGCCUCAUGGUCACAAUCUCCGAUGCCUGAUACAUUCCCUGGCGGAAGAGUCCCGCAACCCCCGGAUCAUUUCCGCUUUGAUGAUCUUAAAAUGGCAGUUCAGCAAAACGGCUGAAUGGGACUGGGGACUGAAUGAAAGCCGUGGGUAUGCCUGCGAGUACAUUGCUUGGCAGUUCUUGUGUCAUCUCGACCAGCGCGAGACUAUCCGGUUCCUGCUGGAUGAGCUCGAGACCCCAAAUCCGUUUGGAGGUAAUUUUGCUGGAGUUGAUAGGGACCCCUUCGGACUUCCAUUACGCGUUGGUGGCCAAGAUCGUCAAGACGACGGCGUGAGAACCCCAUUGUUAUUACAAUCGUCUUCCUUUUACCGUUUCUUUGGCGGAAGAAGACAAGCCACGGGGUACUUUGAUGAAGAGGGCCAAGAGGGUGACGAUACGCCCAAGCGGGCUUACGAGCUAGAAAGGUAUUCCUUGUUUUUCGGACUCAAUGCGCUCGAAAUUGCAGUUAUCGCCCAGGCAAAGAAGUUUCUGAGCCAAAAGGUCGUCCAGAGGGUCACGGACAAGAUCUGGAAGGGAGAAAUUGUCUUCUGGGAUACUUUGAACGUGCAUUCGACCAAAAGACCGCAUUUCUUCGAUAAAAGUACAUCGGAUCUCUACUCACGUCUGCGAGUUCCAGUAUACCGCAAAACCUUCGAAGCUGCUUUUUUCGUCUCUUUCUUGCUUCUGUACUAUGCUGUGUUAGUCGAGAGAAAGUCAACCGGCAUUGGGAUAUUUGAGACCCUGAUGUAUUUCUGGAUUGCUGCGUUUGCAUACGACGAACUGAGCGAUAUGGCAGAUGCAGGGAUGCUCUUCUACCAGAUGGACUUCUGGAAGCUUUGGAAUCUGGGAAUCAUGGGCACAGGCCUGGCCUUCGUUGUGGCGAGGAUCGUUGGGUUAGCGAAAGAGAGUGGUUACAUCACCGAUUUAUCAUUUGAUAUACUCUCCUUGGAGGCUCUGUUUCUAGUGCCUAGGAUAUGCUCGCUUGUGAGCUUGAACUCGUACUUUGGGAGUCUGAUACCAGUUCUAAAGGAGAUGACUAAAGCAUUUUUCCGAUUCAUGCCUGUGGUAGUGGUCUUGUACAUCGGGUUCCUGACAACCUUCACGAUGCUCGCCCGUGACCGACUUUCCCUCCGGCAAAUGUCAUGGAUCCUGGUGAAAGUGUUCUUCGGAUCGAAUGUGCUGGGUUUUGACAUCGCUCAUGAUAUUUCCCCGAUCUUCGGCUACGUUUUGAUGUUGAUGUUCGUGUGCAUGACAAAUUUGCUCCUGAUCUCUUCGUUGGUGUCUCUCAUGAGCAUGAGCUUGGAAGGGGUUAUGUCGCAUGCACGGGAAGAAUAUCUUUUCCAACUUUCAAUCUAUGUGCUGGAAAGCAGCAAUUCCCGCCGACUCACCCAUUUUUUGCCGCCUUUUAAUCUCAUCCCCCUCCUUUGUAUCCGACCCAUGAGGCUUUUCCUCUCUGCAGGGCACAUCCGCCGAGUCCGCAUCAUUUUGCUCCGGGCGACACAUCUCCCGUUUGUUGCAUUGAUCUGGGCCUAUGAAUCUAGCCGCCGGCACUUCCCGCGGCGGCGACAGAGUCAGUUUCCCCUGAAGAGCGUGGCUCCCAGGAACAGUCUGAGUCGGCCGUCAUCGACGCGGACCGGACGGGCACCCUCCACGCAGCGCCCUCAUGCGGCCUCUGGGCCCGCAACCGACGUUCGCCCGCUGGGCGCUGGCAAACCUAAGGCUCACACUAGCCCGGGACCGCAUCCCGAAGCGCGCGGCCUAGACCCAGGACGUGCUGACAUCGCGGAUAUGAUCGACGAAGUGGAACAAUUGCGGACCCAAGUGGAGCGAGUGGCCGCUACGGUGGCCUGUCAUCAACGAGGACGGUAAGGUGGACAAGGCAGCAGACCACCUAUUUUGGCGGGGUAAGGCUGUUCAUGCCAAUAGAAGCCAUGAUGAUUUGGAUGGCAACCUUUGCAGGCAACUUGGAAUUGUCUGACAUCAAGAGGGGAACGUGUAGUGGAGCGAGAUUAAAUGCACGCACCUGGACAGGGACGGCGUCAGGGCCUAAGGUAUUAGCGUGGGAACCGGUCACGGACCAACUGGAACUGGAGAUGGUUCGAGGUGCGGUGCAGCACUAUGUC